AUGAUGAAUCCUCUUUUGUACAGGCCACCACCUAAUCCACAUUUUCCGAUGAUGCCAUAUUUACCUGGUCCUUUACCCCAGAGGCGUGAUAUUCAGGAAGAGGAAGAUUUGGCUAGUGUUGCCCUGCAAGUCCAGAAAAAACGGUUUUAUGUCGAUGUCAAGAGAAAUAGAAGAGGGAUAUUUAUGAAAAUCGCUGAGGUCAGUUCCGACGGUCGAAAAGCCAGAAUUCUUCUGACCCUGCAAGCUGCCGUAGAAAUUAAAGAUAAACUAAAGGAUCUCAUUGAUGUCCUUGAAGAGAUCAAGUCGAAUGACGAAAGUUCAGGUGCCCAAAACUCAGAUGCAAAUAAAACUACAGAUUCACAGCCCUCAAACAGCCUCAUAAAGUCCCAUAUAGUCAACUAUCCGUACAGACGUUAUUUCCUUGACCUUAAACGCAACAGAAGAGGUCAUUUUCUCCGUUUAACAAUGCUGUCAACUUUGAACAGAAUACAACUUGCUAUUCCUUCUCAGGGCAUGCUAGAUUUGUAUAAUGCCAUCAAUGACAUGUUGGGAAAAUGGUGGGAUGGUUCAGAAGCAAAUGAUAGCAAAUCUGUUAGUUUACCGGAGUCAAAGUCCCUAAGGUUUGAUAAUCGUACUCUGUACUUCGACUCCUCGUUCAAUCGAUUUGGAACUUACCUUCGUAUUUCAGAAGUCCGAACAGCAUCUAGAACUGCAAUUACAAUUCCAGGCCGUUCCCUUUCACGCUUCAGAGAUAUUAUCAAUGGACUAGCAGAAGAUUUGUCGAACGUUAAGGUCACCAAAAAUGCUGAGGAGCAACCAUCUAGUAAUGAAACUCCCGAUACUCCUGACAAUUCUGAACCAAUUGUCACAGCUAGUCAACACUUAGAUGCAGUGCCAUCUUUAAACAUUCGAUUACGACGAGUACUUAAAGGUCAUCAGGGUAAAGUAUUGAGUCUCUCGUGGUCUUUAGAUAAACGGCACAUAGUAAGCUCUUCACAGGAUGGGAAAAUUCUAGUUUGGGAUGGUUUCACUACAUCUAAAGAAUACUCUAUAUCAAUGCCUACCACCUGGUUAAUGUCUUGUGCAUACAGUCCUUCCGGAGGCUUCAUUGCCUGUGGCGGGCUUGACAAUAAAUGCACUGUUUACCCACUUCUUUCGGAGGAGGACCCCAUCCUUAAGAAAAAGCUCGUAGCAACGCAUACUUCGUACUUAUCAUGCUGUUUAUUCAACAUAUCUGAUCACCAGCUGCUUACAGGGAGUGGAGACAGUUCAUGUGUGUUAUGGGAUGUUGAAUAUGCACAAAUAAUACAAAGUUUCUAUGGUCAUUCUGCGGACGUGCUGAGCAUUGCACUAUCACCAUCAGAAUUCGGAAGAACAUUUGUUUCUGGGGGAUGUGACAGAUGUGCUAACGUUUGGGAUAUGCGCACAGGACAGUGUGUUCAGGUAUUCCAAGGUCAUGACUCUGAUGUCAACAGUGUCAGGUUUUUCCCUAGCGGUGAUGCGUUUGCCACAGGCUCAGAUGAUGCAACCAUUAGAUUAUUUGAUCUGCGCGCUGACCGUGAAGUUUGUGUGUACAAAAAGGAUAGUGUCAUUUUCCCAUGCAAUGCAGUUGACUUCUCUCUAAGUGGUCGCCUAUUGUUUGGUGGUUAUAGUGAUCAUGCCGUGAAUAUCUGGGAUGUACUCAAAGGUCAACGUAUUAGUAUUCUCUAUUGUCAUGAAAAUCGUAUUUCAGCCUUACGUGUCAGCCCAGAUGGAACAGCUAUAUGUACUGGGAGUUGGGACACAACUUUACGGAUUUGGGCGUAA